UAUGAUCCUGAUGAAGACGCAACACGACUGUACAAGGCAAUGCAGGGAACAGGCACUGAUGAGCAAUCAAUAAUCGACAUCAUUCCAUAUCGUUCAAAUGCCCAGAGACAAGAAAUUAAGAAACGUUACCAAGAGCUUUACAAAAAGGACCUGGUCAGUGACAUCAAAUCAGAAACAUCCGGUGACUUCCGAGAAACUCUGGUUGCUCUUUUGAUGCCUCCAGUGGAGUAUGAUGCUUACUCCAUCAACAAAGCCUUGAAAGGUUUUGGAACAGACAAAACUACCCUUGUUGGUGUCCUAUGUUCCAAGAAUGCAGCCGAGAUAGAAGACAUUAAGAAAACCUACAAAAAGGUUUCUGUCUCUCUGCUUUUCUUAAAUAAAGAACAUUUAAAAAAAAAAAAUGGAAAAUACAAGAAAGAUCUAGAGUCAGCUUUGAAGAGUGAGACUAAUGGAGAUCUUAGAGACUUCCUUGUUGAUCUUGUUAGUGGAAAGAAAGAGAAAGAUACCAAAGUGGACCAGAAGAAAGCAGAGGAAGAUGCAAGGAAAUUGCAUGGG